AUGGUCACGCAUUUUCGGGUGACGGUGACGGUGGUCUAUACGACAGGCAAGACCAAGAGGGAGCAAUCGCUGCAGGAGCUGAGGGAACACAUACACAAGUACUACGUGCCACUGGGGAGACAGUUCAUGGUGCUGUUCCCGGAGGGAGGCUUCCUGCACAAGAGGAAGGAAAUCAGCCAUAGGUUUGCUGAAAAGAACAAUCUUCCUAAACUGGAAUAUGUUUCUUUACCACGAGCUGGAGCGUUGAAGGUCAUCAUGGACGAAGUUGGGAAGAGAGCAGAGGAAACACCUAGCACGUCCAAGAGUAAGAAAGAUGACGUCAACCAAAACAACAGGAUCAACAACGUGAACGACAAUAUCGAAUGGGUGCUAGACGUGACAAUCGCCUACCCCGACCGCAUACCCAUACACCUGCAGGAUAUUAUUCCUCUGGACCUAGAAGGGAUGACGCAGUGGUUAUACGACAGAUUUAUCGAGAAGGAGAAAAUGCUAGAAGAGUUCUAUCGAACAGGACAGUUCCCUACCAGGGGCAACACUCCAAACAUCCCCCGCAAAAUUCUAGAAAUAUUGGAAGAAACAUAA